GGCGUCGCCAUGGGCCCGGGGCCCCCGGCGGCCGGAGCGGGGGCGCCCCCGCGGCCGCUGUCCCUCGUUGCGCGGCUGAGCUACGCCGUGGGCCACUUCCUCAACGACCUCUGCGCGUCUAUGUGGUUCACCUACCUGCUGCUCUACCUGCACUCGGUGCGCGCCUACAGCUCGCGCGGCGCCGGCCUGCUACUGCUGCUCGGUCAGGUGGCCGACGGGCUGUGCACGCCCCUCGUGGGCUUCGAGGCUGACCGCGCCGCAGGCCGCUGCGCCAGCUUCGGCCCGCGCAAGGCCUGGCACCUGGUCGGCACUAUCUGCGUUCUGCUGUCCUUCCCCUUCAUCUUCAGCCCCUGCCUGGGCUGCAAGGCCACCACGCCUGAGUGGGUUGCCCUCCUCUACUACGGGCCCUUCAUCGUGAUCUUCCAGUUCGGCUGGGCUGCUACACAGAUUGCCCACCUCAGCCUCAUCCCGGAGCUCGUCACCAACGACCAUGAGAAGGUGGAGCUCACGGCUCUCAGGUACGCCUUCACCGUGGUGGCCAGCAUCACCGUCUAUGGGGCUGCCUGGCUUCUGCUCCACCUGCAGGGCUCUCCCCACAUGGGGUCCACCCAGGAUGUCUAUGACCAGCUGGGGGUCCAAGAUGUGCCGGUGUUCCGGAAUCUCUCACUGUUGGUGGUGGGCGUUGGAGCUGUCUUCUCACUGCUGUUCCAGCUGGGCACCAGGGAGGGGCGCCGGCGGCAGGUGGAGGAGCCAGAUGAACACAGCCCCCUGUUGGCCCCUGCUACUGCCCGGCCCUUGCUGCUCUGGAAACACUGGCUUCGGGAGCCGGCCUUUUAUCAGGUGGGCUUGCUGUACAUGAGCACAAGGCUCAUUGUGAACCUGUCCCAGACAUACAUGGCCACGUACCUCACCUACUCCCUCAACCUGCCUAAGAAGUUCAUCGCCACCAUCCCGCUGGUGAUGUACCUCAGUGGCUUCCUCUCCUCCUUCCUCCUGAAGCCCGUCAACAAGCGCAUUGGGAGGAAUAUGACCUACUUUGUGGGCCUCCUGGUGAUCCUGGCCUUCGCAGCCUGGGUGGCACUGGCAGAUGAGCUGGGUGUGGCUGUGUAUGUGGUGGCUGUGCUGCUGGGCAUGGGCUGUGCCACCAUCCUCGUCACCUCGCUGGCCAUGACGGCUGACCUCAUCGGCCCCCAUACGCACAGCGGAGCCUUUGUGUAUGGCGCCAUGAGCUUCUUGGACAAGGUGGCCAAUGGGCUGGCAGUCAUGGCCAUCCAGAGCCUGCACCCCUGCUCCUCAGAGCUCUGCUGCAAAGCCUGCGUGGCCUUCUACCACUGGGUGAUGGUGGCCGUGACGGGUGGCGUGGGCGUGGCCGCCACCCUGGCUCUGUGCUGUCUUCUGGUUUGGCCCGUCCGCCUUCGGAGCUGUGAGUUGCAGGCCCCGCCACCCCACAAAAGCCCCAAACCAGCUAUGGGUGUAGGUCUGGGCCAGGACAGGCCCCGCCCUCCCUAA